GUUGAGGCAAGGGUCAAUGAAUUUUUUUUUUUUUGGUUCUAUGACAUUGUGCGUAAAUGAAAGGGGAUUCUGGGACCCAUUUUUAAAUGUUCAAAAAGCAACCAAAUUCAAAGGCGUCUAUGGGUCCUUAUCAAAUUAGCAAAACUUGACUCGCUAUUCUUGCCCAACCGAUUGUCCACCAAAGUAACCAGACUUUUUGCCUGAUCGUCGCUUUUGGUUCAAGGUUCAAAGGAGUACAAACGGUCGUGGGGAAUUCGGUGCGCUAAUACUGUCGGUCUUUGUUCCCUCCUUUUCUUUUUUUUCUGUAUCAAUUAUACCUGAUUUCCUGCCAUUUCCCUUCUCGAUCUCUUUGUCUAUUUCUCUUUGACUCUUACCCCUCUUAAAAGUAAAUUUUGGGGUUUCUUGGAUAGUUCUUCCCGGUUUAUAUCAAGAACCGGAGCACAAGGGAACCCGCACCACUAUGUCAGACGACGAAGCAGAUCCCGAAUUGCUCGCUCUUUUACGCAAGUCCCUCGGGCUAGGAGGAGGGGCAGCAAACCCGCGCGCAGCAGAGACAAAAGUUUUGGAGAAUUCGCAGUACGUCUUCGACAAUGCUAUUGAUGUCGCAUUGAACCCAGCCAAGACCAAAGAGGCCGCCGAAACCAUCUGGCGUUUGAUGCAGAAAAAGGAAUAUUCCACGCAGACAUGGUCGGAGCAUGAAUUACAUCCCAAGACCAAGGAUGAAAGUACCGUGGACUUCAUUUUCACCAUGGAUUUACUAAACUUCAGUUUUUGGUCGGAGCGCCCGGAGGAGAAACGCUUCGCUAUCGAAUAUCGCGGCAGGAAGUGGACCGGGUACUGGAGCUUAGUGGCUGCGUUGCAGAGGGCUUUGGAUGAGGAGAUCCCCAUUACGAGCCCCUACUUUUGGGUGAAUGAAGACGAAUGUUCUGAGUCUCUACUCAAGCAUGUGUUUCGAUCGGUAGCUGCCGAGGAGAUUCCUCUCCUGCAAGAGCGUCUCCAGUGCCUGCGGGAAGCGGGUCGAGUCUUGUGCGAGGAUUUUGAGGGUAGUUUUGUCAACUGUAUCUAUAACGCCAACUACUCAGCUGCGUCCCUCGUAAACCUUAUGGCUGAGAGUUUCCCCUGCUUCCGGGAUGAAACCAGCUUUCAGGGACGGAGGGUUCGGCUCUAUAAACGCGCGCAGAUCUUAGUUGCGGACCUAUGGGCCUGCUUCAACGGCGAGGGCCUUGGCGAAUUCCACGAUAUUAACAAGAUCACAAUGUUUGCAGAUUACCGAAUCCCCCAAAUACUAAACCAACUCGGUUGCCUGAUGUAUUCUCCACCUCUGGAAAGCCAUAUUCGCGACCUCAAACCAAUUCCCAGUGGCUCUACUUGGGAGGUUGAACUGCGCGCCACCAGCAUCUGGUGCGUUGAAUUGAUUAGACGAGAAAUUGAGAAGAACCAUCCAGACGCGAAGCUCAAGAUAACGCCUACACAGCCUAACGGGCAUGUGGCCAGUGUGGACCGCCGCCAAAGCCUCACCACCUCGGCAUUAGAAGAACAAAGGAAGUGCACUACACAAAAACACAUUACACAAACCAGCCCUGCUAAGCCCGCAUCGUCGGGCGUCAAUGCAAUCUUGAUAGAUUUCUUUCUGUAUGACACCAUGAAAGAGUUAGAAAGAGACGGAAAGGAGCAGAUUCCCCAUCAUCGCACAAGGAGUAUUUGGUAUUAAAGGUUAGAAAACCUUUUGCUUUGCCUGUUGAUUUUUGGUCAAUAUACCCUUGGCCACUACUGUUAGGGAAUUGAUGUCUUUGCUUUCUGUGCUUUUCUUUUGCUGUUUGGGGGUUUGCAUAGACAUCGAUACCAUUUCUUCUCUGUUUUUCUGUGCUGGCAGCAGCGAUGUCUUUUUGGAUACCACCACUUUCAGAUCUGGACGGCCAUCCAGAGCUCAUGAC